UUACAAAAGCACCGUAGAACGUGAGUUUUCUCAGUACAGGGAUAGAAGUUCAGCGGUGAUACUUUUAGAAACUGAGGAGCUAAGUAGGGCAGCCAUGCGCCUGAUAGGGUGCACAGUGCUCCUCUCUGUCCUGCUGCCGGCUAUGUCUGCCCCAUUAGAGGAAUGGCAGAGGGCAACAUCCAUUUAUAACUUUUCAGCAACGGAUAUUGAUGGCAACGUGGUUUCCCUUGAAAAAUACAGGGGGAAUGUUGUCAUCAUCACCAACGUAGCCUCUAAAUGAGGUAAAACCCCAGUAAACUACUCUCAGUUUACUCAGUUGCACGCCAAGUACGCUGAGAGAGGUUUAAGCAUCCUUGCCUUCCCUUCCAACCAGUUUGGGAACCAGGAGCCGGGCAAUGAAACUCAAAUCAAGCAGUUCGCAGACAAGUUCCAGGCUCGGUUUGAUAUGUUCAGCAAGAUCGAGGUGAAUGGGGAAAACGCUCAUCCUCUGUGGAAGUGGCUGAAGGAGCAGCCUAACGGGAAGGGCUUGUUUGGAAAUAGCAUCAAGUGGAAUUUCACUAAGUUUUUGAUCAAUAGAGAGGGUCAGGUGGUGAAGAGAUAUGGACCCUUGGAUGAUCCAAGUGUACGUACAAAAUCUUUGGUUAUUCUGUCAGAUGUUCAUUGCUCGUGUGUCUGUGUGAUUACUGCUCACCCCGUGAUGAGCUCUGCUGUGCUUUCAGUAACAACAAGAGAUGUUUGUAGUACGUGUAACUUUAUCACC